AUGGACCGGAGCAGGAUGGAUGCUGAGGGGGCGCGCGCCGUGCAGCCCAACAGACGCAUCUCGAAGCUGGCGGUGGUGGUGGCCGUGCAGAACCUGCUGCUGGUCGUCUGUCUGCUGGUCACUUUUUACGUUUACCGGGACUUUCAGGCGAAUAAAGCCGACUUUCUGACGGAGAUAUCAGAAAAUAUUGUGCACAUACAACUCAGUCCCAUCAGACCACUCUCACACAAUGGAACAGUGAAUUUUACUGCCAUUACCAGCAGUUAUUUGAUGGACCUGAAGUCCAACAAGAGAGACAUCUCCAUCAAAUGCACCGGUUUCUAUAUUUGGCUCGUGCAAAUAUGCUGCGCGAGCCGCAAGGAGACGGCGACGGGGACGGGGACGGCGACUGGGACGGUCCAGCUGAAGGUGACGGGCAGUGAAACUCCUGUCAGCUCGUUCACUCUGGAUGUUGCAAAGGACGACUGCAGAGGGCUCCACAGUAUCAUCUACCUCAAGAAGAAUCAGCAGGCCAGUGUGAAUCUAGUCGUCCAGAAAGAGUUCCAGAUCAAUAAAAUGUCUGUGGAAAUGAACUCCCUGUCGGGGAAAAAGUGUGACGACUGA